UACAGGGAUGAGUGUUUGCAAGCCAUGUGGACAUCAGCUUUGUUAUCUGCAGGACAUGGAUGUGACUUAAAAGGAUAUUUUUCAUUCCAACAGCAGCAGAACUUGUAAUGGGUGUGUAAACUAGAUGAAUGCAGAUGCUUUAAAAGCCAUGAAUGAAUGCCAGUUGAGUAUUGAGAUGUCAAUCAUCUUUAUGUCUAACCUGUUGAUUUUUGGGAUCAGCAUACAUAAAUAGACGGUGAGAAUGAAAGUAAGUUCGGCAAAGGAGAGUGACUGCAGAACGACUCAAAUACAACAGGGAAAGUUUCACAAUGUCCCGGCCAGUUCCCGCGCCAAGGAGACAGAUGUCCUGUCCCGAAAAAACUGAGGAUGACUUUCCAUUAAAACCUUCAAAGGGAGGUUUGGUCUGCUCAACUCCUCCUCCAGUGUUACCAAAGAAGUGGAUUGUUAAAAACAGUUCAAAGAGUUUCGACACUGGACAUGACUAUCUGGAAAUAGUGAAGGUGAUGGCUGACCAAUCAAUUGAUGAUAAAUGUAAAGCACAACCUCCUCCGCUGCCUCAAAGACUUCCAAAGAACAUAAAACAGCUUGACAACGAAGAUGAAACCCUGGAUGAAAGCUCUCUGUUGGACUGGUGGAAGGAUGUGACACCCUGGAAAUUUCUGUGCAGAGACCUCAAACUCCAAAAAAAGAAAUCAAGAAAGGUCAUCAACAUUCAGGCUGACCACCUCUAUAAAGCUGUCCGGGUUUACAUCCUCCUGCUGACUGAACACGGUGGCUUCCUGAAGCAACUUAAUGAUGAGCUGCUCUGCAUUGCUGACAACUUAGACAAGGUUUCAAAAGGCACAAAGAUUGCUGGCAUCACAGGAGGAGCUACAAGUGUAGCAGGAGGAGCGGCAGCAGCUGCCGGGGUGAUUCUGUCUCCGUUUACACUGGGACUCUCACUGGCCCUGACUGUUGUCGGGGUUGGUGUGGCUGCAGCUGGCGGCGUCACUGGUGCAUCAGCAGCCAUCGCCAACAAGGUGAACGUCACUCAGGACAAGAAGAAAAUUGAAAAGGCCUUCCAGGAUUACGAGGACCGCAUGAAGGAGAUUCGGGAAUGCAUCACUUUCAUCAGUGGUGGCAUAGAGCAGCUAAGGCAGCAUGAUCUGUCUCUUCUGGAUGAAGCCAGGAAGGAAUCAGUGAGAAUAGGCCAGAUGGUAGAGCUGGCUACUACAGGAGGGGGAAGUACCACAGUUAUUGAAACUACGAGUAAGGCAUGUGGGCUUAUGGAAGGCUUUGCCCUUGGCAUUGAUAUCCACUUCACCCAAGGAAAGGAUGGUAAGAAGCAGCUGAAGAAGGGCCAUGAGUCGAAGUUAGCAAAGAAACUCCGCAGUCUAGCUGAGAAUCUCAAAAAGGCUUUGGAGGUGCUCAUGGAAAUGAAGGACGACUUCAGUGAGCGCUGUCCUGGACAGUAAAUGUUUUUAAACUUGCCGACCUUCUCCUGUCUGAUUUUUCUUUUUUCAGAUAUUUACAUAUAUUUUAGAAAUGUGGUUGUCAUAGACAUUUUGAUCUAUUGGCAGAAAUGGAAUGAAUGCAUAAUCACAUGAAAACAAGAAUUGUUGUGUUUUUGUUACCUUAGAAUGAGCUUUUCGUAUCUGCAUAGGGACUGGGUCCAUUAUGUUGUCACAAUGUUUCUACAGUAGUCACUGGCUCUAGAUUCGACCUUUUGCGUGUCUCAUGGCCACCAUAGUUUCUCCUACACACUCUGAAGGCGAGCAGUAUUCAGUUGGUUGCAAUCUGCAGCUUCACCACUAGAUGCCACUAAAUCUUACACACUCACACUGGUUCUUUGAAAAGAAAAAGAAAGUGGGUAUAACAAAUUUAAACACAGGGCACCCUGUUAGCUCACCUGAGUUAUGCAUUUAUGUUAUGUUUGUCAGUCUCCACUUCCAUAUUUUUUGUAUGUAUGAGAUUACAGAGCAAUACAUGUACACACUGAUUAGCCAAAAUUCUAUGAAUUAGUAGAACUUGAAUGCUUACAGUUUUAGUAAAGGGAUGCUUCUCUGAAAAUGUUUUUUACAUUUUGUUGUAUUCUAUCUUUUUAUUUUGUUUGUUGAAAGACAUGUAAUCUACUGUAUAACCUCCAACAUAAUUAAUAUAAUUUGGGAUUUGUGUUAUUUCUAUAAUUGUUAUAAUUAAAGAAAAUAAAAUUAAGAAUUAAUUUGCA